AUGCUUCUCAUGCGCUUCAAAAACUCUGAAGAGCACAAGCGCGCAAUGGAGCAUGUUGCCAAGCAGACCUUCAAAGACCAUGUGGGUCGGAACCGUCAUAAGUUUGCGAAUUACAGUGGUGGAAUCUCUUUCUUCGAAACAACCAUUCGCUACCUAGGCGGGUUGCUGUCCGCCUGUGGAUUGUCGGGCGACUUGGUACUUGGAAAAGGCCAACGAGGAAACGCAGACGAAGGACGGGUUAUGGAGUACAUAUUGGGGGUGGAAAUCGGUAUUCGCUCGGUCGCAAGUCUGUUAUAUGUGCCUUUAUGGCCAAUUGGUUCUAAGGAGAAGUGGUGUGAUCUGGACUGGCCCACCACUCCGUCAGCGUCUGAAAAGCGGAUUCAGGACACACGUCGCCAUUUCAACACUUUCAUCGUUCACGGCCUCGAAUUUAGAUCUCAAUCCGUUGAAGGCGCCAUAACCAAUAUGCAGUUCCUCUCAGGCUUUCCGGUUCGUGAUCUUCCCUAUGUCUCUUCCAUGGAUCUCGUGUGCCUCUACACGAGCCUCAUCGCGCUUGGCGUGGAGGCACUUGGCUCGGAACUCACGCAAGAACAAUCAGAUCUGCACCGCUGGGCGGCUGGGCGGCUGAAGGACUGACGACUUGGUGCCACCUUGUAUAUGCGGAGGCGGAGGUGGUUUGGGUGCUGAGGUCGGCGGCCUGUAAAAUGAGUAGAGGGAGUAAGGCAGUGGAAGAACAGUGGAGCCGAAAGGAGUUCCACUGGGUCUGAAAGGCGUAGCGAGAUCUAUGGUUCGCGCACAGGGAUUAUUAUAUAGGAGAUACAUAACGUAGGAAU